GCGAGUUUCUAUUUUGCUUUGUUAAAUAAAAAGUCAAAAAAUAAAAACAAAGACGUGUGUUCCUAUCAAAUUGCCGUUUUUCGGAAAUACUCACGGGCUGGCUUCGGUUACGCUUCGGAGCCCGAGGGCUCGUGAGCAAUUCCUGUUUUUUUGCCGCUAGUCUAAACGGGACUGGGUAGCCUGUGGAACCUUAGGGCUAAGCCACCAGGCGACAUUUAUGGCGGGCUGGUGUUUUCCCGUUCAAGAGAGACCGACAAAAAUACGAAAUCUUGUUCAUGGAUCGUGAGAAACGAAUUUUUGUUCGUAAAAGUAUCAUAUGAACUUCAUAUAAAUGCAAAGUAAUAAUGAAUGUAGGAUUAGAAGAGGAACGAAAGCGUAAGCGGUUAAAACAGUGGAGCAUCGAAGAAAGUUUCAAGCGACAAAAAAUACAUCUCGAGCCAAAGCCAAAACACAAGCAUAGAGCAGAUCACCACAAAUCUGAAAGCAAGACAAGGCAACGAUCAUCAUCAAAUAAAAGCUAUUCAAGUAUGAGUGGACCGUCUGACCCAAUACGCAGGAGACAACUCCUGGCGGAGGCAGCAGAGCGGAGGUCCAAUGCAAUUUCUGGUGUCGCUAGUCCUGAUGUAGGCUCCGAGGGCACAGGAUCAGAUGUGACUGUAGAGCCAUGUGGAAGCAGUGAAGGAGAAAGUGGACUAGUAGAAUUUGAUGAGUAUCCUAGCUCCCCAUCUAUCCCGGAAGAGUACCGCAUAGAACAGCAAGACUUGGAACCUGCAUGUACUACUGGGGGAUCACCUCUGUGUACACUAAAUAGGACGCCAGCAUGUUGCCUGCCUUUGCCACCGCUGGUUACUCAACCUGACCACACAGUCCUCAUAAGGCCAUCUAUCAGCGGGGAUUUUGCUUCACCACCCAAGCCGUCCUACAGCACUUAUAGGGACAAGUGGGAUAAAGACCAUGUCAGAAUGCCUUGCUCUACAAACAAUCUCUACCCGAUGGAGAAUUCCAAAAAGGUCCAAAAUCGAUGGGAGCUAAUAGAAUCAGCUCUGCUGGCUCCAAUCAAGUCUUCACAUGAUUUACAGGAUGCCAUUCUAAAGUAUAAUGCCCGCUAUUCAUCAAGAUGGAAUUUUGAGGCUCUUCAUUGUUACUUUAACGAGUAUCUGGACUCUAGUGAUGCCCAAGAGUUCUUUGAUCACACCUUACCAGCAAUGGUGCGGCUUACCCUUCAGAUACCUUCUGUGUGUACUGUGGCUAUACCGCUAAUGAAAAGGCAAAAGAAUCACAGUAUCACCAUAAGCCAACAUCAGGCUGCUUGUCUACUUGCCAAUGCGUUCUUUUGCACCUUUCCAAGGAGAAACUCUCACAAACACUCAGAAUAUUCCAACUUCCCUGAUAUAAAUUUUAACAGACUUUUCCAAGGGGGAAAGGGAGGAACAAGCACAGUGAAGUGUGAAAAGCUACAGUCUGUACUACACUAUUUUCGCUGUGUCACACAAUGCACUCCCACAGGAACGCUGACAUUCCACCGCCAAGCCUUGCAGUCGGAAGAUCUCCCCAAGUGGGAAAGAUCAAGUGAAAACUUUAGCAGACUUCAUGUCUCUACCAAAGGGAACAUUGAAGAUGAUGGUACAGGUUUUCUACAGGUCGACUUUGCUAAUAAGUAUAUUGGCGGUGGAGUUAUAGGAGAGGGCUGUGUACAGGAAGAGAUUCGAUUUCUGAUCUGUCCUGAGAUGAUCCUAUCCAGGUUGUUUUGCGAAAGGCUAGACAGUAACGAGUGUGUAUUCAUAAUAGGUGCUCAACGUUUUAGUAAUUACACCGGUUAUGCCCACACCUUUAAAUGGGCAGGACAUCACGAUGAUAAAAGUAUAAGGGACUCGUGGGGUCGGAGAUAUUCCCAAGUCGUGGCAAUAGAUGCGCACGUGUUCCAUAGUUACAUUGACCAGUUCAAGAUAGGUUUUCUCAAGAGAGAACUAGAUAAGGCGUAUUGCGGGUUCUACUCUCCGGGGGACAGCCGUAACCUGCCUGCAAUAGCCACAGGAAACUGGGGCUGUGGUGCUUUCGGUGGAGAUUCGCGUCUCAAAGGACUCUUACAGAUGAUGGCGGCAUCCGCGGCCAACAGAGACCUUGUGUAUUUCACAUUUGGAGACUCGGAACUAGCGGAGGAUCUUUUAGAUAUCCACAAUUUUAUCAAGGAAAGGCAUUUAACACUGGGCCAAAUCUGGGAGGUCCUUCACCGCUACGGUAAAGAGACGGCUGCGGCUUCCUCUGUGACCAUCAAGCUGUACAAUUACAUCCGUCAGCUGUAUGAACGCUACGACAGCGACACCGAUACUGAGACAUAUACCCAAUUAGCUUCUGCAACCAGUACGAUAACCAGUACACUGGAGAAUAGCCAAGCCCCUGAUACCUACGAAGAAAGGUCGCAACCGUCGCAGUCAGGUCUAUAGCCACGCCCAUGAUGCCUGUCGGGGAUGGUCACCACGCGUGCAGUCCGAUCUAAAGCCACGCCUAUGAAACCGGCAUUGCUAUAGCGAAGAGCUGGCGGACAUUGGCUAAGCAAUGCUUAGCAUUGCUUAGCAGUGCUCUGCAAAACAGAGAUGAGAGGUGCUGGGAAAAAGCUCCAGCUUUUCUUUGAGCAUAGCGUUGCCAGCAAUGCUGCUGAUGUUGCCGCUUUUUUCUCGGGGCUUAAGGGGCGCAAAAAAACAGGACCCUCAUAUCUACAAUAUGAGCCCUCACAGUCAGGUCGAUACCCUUGUCACAUAUUCACAGGCGAAAUCAGAGGGCUCCCACGGACGGAAGUUUAGAAAUAUAUGGUGAGCUAAAUCAACAAUUGGCUCACGCAAAAUUUUAUAUAAGUCCUACCUCAAAGAGAUCAUGUACAUGUAUACGCUCGUCAGUAUUCACGUUUUAAUACCCUUGUAACGUUUUAAUACCGUGGUGGUAGUAUAUAGGGAACCUGCUCCCGGUUUGACUUCACAAUGCUACUGAUUACCCCACACGGUAGCUACAAAUAAACGUCUAUUCCACAAAGUA